CUCUCCUUUCCAGAUUCUCCCUUCUUGCUGCGGGUCCAAAUCCCCACGAGGUCAUCAGCCGGUGGCGGCCUACUCUUUUUUCCUUUCCCGCUCUACCUGCGAGAAGAAGCAGAAGGGUAGGGAGCAGAGGAGGUCCUGGAUUUGUUACCUUCGCUCUAACGAGUGGAAGCAGCGAUCGUGCCUCAUCUAGUAUUGGGAAAGAGCUCAAUACGCAGUUUUUUGCUAGUGUUACGUCUUCAGGCAACGACCAAUUGACAACAAGUAGUGCAAUUGCCCCAACUCCUGUGCUGUCAUCAUCGUCAUCCAUGGGUUCACCACUGUUUUGGAUUGGAGUUGGAGUUGGUCUAUCAGUCAUUUUUCAAGUGGUUGCAAAUAGAUUAAAGGUCUCUUUUGGAAAUAACAAGAUGAUCUUCCUAUCCUUAGAAAGUGUUUUCUACUUGCUUCUCUUGUGUCAUUUGUGUGGGCACUGGGAACAAUAUAGCAUGGUUGUCAAUAUUGGUAUCAAUAUCAGGCAUUCAAAAAACUUAGCAUUUGUGGAUGUUUCUCCAGAAGAACUAUUUCACAAUGAACGUUCCUUUAUGAAUGAGGUAUCAAAGGCAAGCCCAAUGGUGACGCAAUCAGCUAAGGAAAUACAAACGAAUGGAACUGUAAAACAGAAUGCAAGUUCUUCAACCGAACAACCUAAUUAUCGCCAACUGUUCAAUCUGUUCAAAGCUCACAAAGAUCCUAGAUAAAAUCCAAUUGCUUAUUUCUGUAAUAGAUUGAGAAAGACAAACUACUUCUUCAGUAUUGUGGUAGUAACUAUUGUACUGAUUUGUCCCGUUCUCAAGCCGAUAAUAAUUUUUGAGUGUAGCUAGUAGAAGUAAAUAGAUUGUUGGCUUCGAGGUCGGCUA